AUGACCGAUUCAUUCCAAGCGGCUGCCUCCGGUAAUCGCAGGCUAAGCCAAAAUUCACAAGAUAGAAAAUCACCUAUUACAACUAAUCGAGUCACUGAACCGAGACAAUCAGAAGAUAUACAUCUCGAGUCACCAUACACUAGGGAGCCUAAAGCAAGAACCCAUUCCGACAACGGUUCAGGAGAGAAUAGUCCACCGGGAUAUGAAAAUGCCGACCUUCAAAACUAUGAGGACGUAGUCACUCUUCAUGUACCUCCUAAAGAAACCAUUUGGCUAAACACCAGCAGCCGGCAAAGUCGUUUUCGUCGGUGGAUUAACGGACUACGAAAACCAAGAAUCAAAGUUAAUGACCCGGUGGAGGUGAACAGCGUGAGUGAUUCUGGAAGGCCUCUUUAUGGAAACGAACCAGAUCAAAGGACAACAGACAACGUCUGCAUGCAGCAAACAAACCCACUGAACGGGUCGGCCCAAUCGGAUAACUACUGGAAUCAAAAUGAAACGGAUAAACCCCCGAGUGAUUCUGAAAAAGAUCAGAUGGUAUGGACCACCAACUUCCUGGCUGCACUAAGUAUUUUGCUGAUUGUGGUCACCUUUCCAUUCUCACUUAUUUACUGUAUCCGAAUUGUGGCCGAAUACGAACGCGCUGUUGUGCUCCGCAUGGGAAACCUCAUUCCUAAAGGUCGCGGAACAAAAGGUCCCGGGCUGUUCUUUAUUCUCCCCUGUAUAGACAGUGUACGAAAAGUUGACCUUCGAACGGUGACCUUUGCUAUUCCACCGCAGGAGCUUUUGACGCGUGAUUCUGUUACCGUGUCAGUGGAUGCGGUUGUGUAUUACAGAGUGUUGAACCCCGUAGCCUCUGUGUUGAACAUCGAAGAUGCAGCUCGAUCCACACGCUUGCUGGCACAGACAACAAUACGCAAUGUUCUGGGUACCAAAGAUUUGGCACAAAUACUGAUGGACAGAGAUGAAAUAUCUACGGCCAUGCAAUCCAGUCUGGAUGCCACAACAGACGCCUGGGGCGUAAAAGUUGAACGUGUUGAAAUCAAAGAUGUCCGUCUCCCCCUUCAACUGCAACGGGCGAUGGCGGCUGAGGCUGAGGCCGCCCGGGAAGCACGGGCAAAGGUCAUUGCCGCAGUGGGUGAACAGGAGGCAGCCCGCUCACUGAAAAAGGCCGCUCGGAUUAUCGCAACUUCACCAAUGGCAUUCCAACUGCGUUACCUGCAGACACUUUGUGCUAUUUCGGCAGAAAAGAAUUCCACCAUCUUCUUUCCAGUCCCCAUAGACAUAAUGCAAAAUUUAGGCAAUUUCACCAUGAGUUCGAUUGGAAGUGGAUUCCCCGAUUUGUGCCCAGUUCCAAAGCAUACCACAACCUCCAGAGAUACGGUCGUUGACGUAGACAGCAAGCUGGUGGCGCGCACCAUUAUGGAAACAUCUUUCAGUCAAGAGGAAGCUGAUGCGCACAGCGAUACUGUCUAAAAUGAAUCGCCAGUCUCUGUUAUUCAGUCAUGGCUU